AUCCCAUAAUAAAAACUCACGUACACUACAGUAUUUCAAAAUGCAUAUUUUAUGCACUAAUACCCUCUUCUUCUUCUUCCUCUUCACCGCAACUUGUUCUGCCUUUACUUCCCAAGAUUACUCUGAUGCUCUUGAAAAGUCCAUUCUGUUCUUCGAAGGGCAGAGGUCUGGCAAAUUGCCUGCAGAUCAGCGUCUUAACUGGCGGGGUGACUCUGCUUUGUCCGAUGGCUCCGGUUACCAUGUUGACCUGGUAGGAGGAUACUAUGAUGCAGGAGACAACAUUAAAUUCGGGCUGCCAAUGGCCUUCACAACCACUCUCUUAGCCUGGAGUGUGAUUGAGUUUGGCAAUGACGCCUCCAUGCACAAUCAACUUGAGAAUGCCAAAGCUGCCAUUCGUUGGAGCUCAGAUUAUCUGCUCAAAGCCGCCACAGCCUCCCCUGACACUCUAUACGUCCAAGUUGGUGACCCGAACGGUGACCACAAGUGCUGGGAGAGACCAGAGGACAUGGACACACAGCGCAGUGUUUACAAAGUGACCCCUCAAAAUCCAGGAUCUGAUGUUGCAUCGGAGACUGCCGCAGCAUUGGCUGCUGCCUCUAUCGUCUUCAAAGAUUCCGACCCUGCUUACUCCUCUCAAUUAUUCACUACUGCUACCAAAGUAUUUGAUUUUGCAGACAAAUAUAGGGGUGCUUACAGCGAUUCCCUUAGCUCUGUUGUCUGCCCCUUCUACUGCUCAUACUCCGGCUACCAUGAUGAGCUUCUGUGGGGAGCCGCCUGGCUUUAUAAAGCUUCAGACAUCUCCUCGUAUCAAGAUUACAUCCAAUCAAAUGGUCAAACAUUGGGCGCAACCGAUGAUGUGUAUUCCUUCAGUUGGGACGACAAACGUCCCGCCACCAAGAUUCUGCUUUCCCAGAGAUUCUUGGAGAAGAACACUCAAGGGUAUGAGCUAUACAAGGCACACUCAGACAACUAUAUCUGCUCUCUCAUUCCCGAGUCGCCUAGCGUCCAAGCUCAAUACACCCCAGGGGGACUUCUGUUCAAAGAAAGUGGAAGCAACCUCCAAUACGUAACCUCAACGUCUUUUCUCCUGCUAACCUAUGCCAAGUACCUAAGCUCAAAUGGCGGCGGAGUCGUAAACUGCGGGGCAUCAACUUUCGCCGCAGAGAAGCUGGUAGCACUAGCAAAGAAGCAGGUGGACUACAUAUUAGGGGAUAAUCCGGCAAGAAUGUCGUACAUGGUGGGGUUCGGGCAGAGGUAUCCGCAGCAUGUGCACCACAGAGGGUCGUCGGUGCCGUCGGUGAAGGAUCACCCUGCUCGCAUUGGCUGCAACGAUGGAUUCCAGUACCUAAACUCGGCGUUGCCUAAUCCGAACACUCUCGUGGGAGCCGUCGUAGGUGGUCCUGAUAAUAGAGACAAUUUCGCGGAUGAUAGGAAUAACUAUCAGCAAUCCGAGCCUGCUACCUACAUCAAUGCUCCGUUUGUCGGGGCUCUGGCUUUCUUUUCAGCCACGGCUUAGGACGUUAUAUAUAGCUUCUUCCACUUUUGUUCUUUUUGUUCUGGGAGUUUGUCAUCAUAUACUUUGUAGAUUGGUCUAUAUCCGGGAAGGAUUGGAUUUGAAAGUAUAUGUAUGCCUAUUGCCUAACUCUGAUCUUCACAAAUAUAGUACUACUAAAUGCAAUAAAGUGUUAUUCCUAAUGUAAAAAA